AUGGCAGCACAAAGUCGUUCCAUUUCAUCAUUUUUGACAGGUUUUUUUAGAAGACCUGUGGGUGAUAACGAUUACGAUGGGGCUUAUCAAAUUGACGAAGAAUCGCUCAGCGGACGAUACGAUAAACAAACAGUGAGAAAAGAUUAUGCAUGUGGUACAAGCGACCAAUUAGAUAAACUGGAUGAAUCAACUUUGGAACAUCAAGGGACUCUUGUACUGACUGGAGACGAAACCAACUAUAGACCGCCGAUAGUUUCUAUAUUGCCCAUCGAGAGACUGCGGUUGUUGAGAUUGAAGCAAGAAUGGAGGAGACGCGUGAACUCCAAACUACUGCUUGAGCUGUCAUACGAGGGCCCAGCACGAGAUGAUGCUCCAACAGUUCACCAGGAGUACGUACGUGACGUGCUUAACACAGAUGAAUCGCAGUUUUCCUAUAAAUUGUCAAAUACGCCAUCCCCGGUUAAGCAAGAUGCAAAAAAAUCCUCGCAAAUUUCUAGCAACGAUAUUGUACCGCUGAGAACAUUGAAAAGGAAGAAAGUAUCAGGGAGCAAAAGGCGUGGUACCAAAUGGUCUGCCGAUUUUGAAUAUGACCUUACAGAAUAUGAUAAUAUCUUACAACACAAAAAGGAUGAACCACUGGCCAACUUAGACAGCUCUGAAAUCGACUCUCCGCAAUUAUCAUCAGCGAAAAACGCUGGUUUGGAAAAUCAUUCCCUCCAAGGAACAAGUCACAGUGGUUUGUCAAGUAUCCAGCGCAGUUUGUUGAUAAAUGGCCCAAACUCCAUCACCAAUUCUACGAAUGGAAACAACACCAAACUGGAUUCCAAUAUAGAGGAAAAAGGUUCUUCCAUUAUGCUCUCUUUGAAAGAUACGAACCAUUGUACCACUAAUGAAAAGAAGAAUAAGCUUAUUUUACCAUCCGUUGGCUUCGACUUUAUUAAGAAAGAUGAUAAUGAGACGCCAUCCAAGAAACCUUCUUUUGUACCAACUGAAGUCGCGAGUAAAAGCCAAGGGGCUAAACCGCAUAUAUCUUCCACAGCAUCAUCUACACAGCAAAAUGAUAAAAAAGAGUCAGCUAUAUCGUUUCCACUGACUGUUGGAUCGGAAAAACAAAGCGUAGGUACCCACCCUACUUUUAGGUUUGGGAAAAAUACUCAUCAAAUCAGCAAUCAGAAUCAAGAAGAAGAAGAGGAAGAACAAGAUACGAAAAGGAAGAAAAGAACGAUCUCUAGUAAUGAUCAAGUUAUCGAGAAACCCUCAUUUUCCUUUGCCAAAGCUUCAGCAGAUGCUGGAAGCAAAAAAUCUGCAUUUAAAUUUGGGACUGUGAAGGAAAAGGUUCCUGCUAUUCCUCCGUUUCAUUUUGGAAAAGAAAAUGGGGCAUGCAAGCAAGACAUCGAAACAGAGGCUACCGCAAAGUCACCUAAUCAAGGAUUCAAAGUUGGGGGAAGUGGUUCACCUGCAAGCGCAACGCCUCCAUCGCAGCCUGACGGCCAAAACCAAAGUGUUCCAACAGAAAAACCAAUUUUCUCUUUCCAUGGGAAAGAGAAAUCAAAGGAGCAAGAAAAGAGUAGUUCUUUCAAAUUCGGUAGUAAAAACAACAGUGGAACUAAUUUCAAGAGCGAUUCCUCAUUUUCCUUUGGUAGAGGAGCUACCGAAUCAAAAGUUGCACCUUCAUUCAAUGUUGAUGCUACUGCGGAGACAAAGAGCAGUUCAAAUCCUUCUUUUUCAUUCGGUACUAAAACCGCACCAGACACGAAAGUCAUACCCACAUUCAAUUUGAGUGCCGGCAGUAGCGAAGAUAGGACAAACAAACCAUCCUUUAUCUUUGGUAAUCAGGUAGAUAAAAAAGCAAGUCCGAAACCUUUGACCAUUUCUCGAACCAAGGAAGAAAAUGCCUUAGGUGCACAUCCCACAUCAACCGAAAACCAUCCGACUAGCAGUGUACCGAACCCUUCUUUUUCGGUGGCUACACCCGCUGUGACAGAUAAAAUCGAUUCAGAGCCCAAAUCGACCUUCAAUUUCAAUGCAGCACAGUUAAAUGGUAAGAAACGGGACCAUCAAACUGGCUUCAACUUUGGUUCAACUAAUCAAGAGAGCUUGAACAGCGCGGAAACUGCUGGACAAGCAGGCUUUUCAUUUAGUAGAAUUAGCAGUCAGCCCGAUAACGGUAAAGAAAAGGCCCAAUUAAGUUUCGGGGCAUCCAUAGGUAAUGCACCAAAGGUCGAUUUUUCAUUUGGGAAAAGCAGUUCAGAAGUUUCUCAAGCAAAAACUUUACCUAUUAGCGGAUUUUCAUUUAGUAGAUCUAGCUCACCUUCCAUUUCUGGUCCAACCUCAGUCGUGGGGAUCCCUUCGUUGAAUUCCAAUCCAACUCCUUCGAUCGCAAAGUCGCAGUCACCUGGUGUUUCUGCUUUGAACCCUUUCAUAAACAGCUCAAUUGCAGGUACAGGUGCGACAGGUGCGACAGGUGGAUUUACGUUUGGCUCCAUAAAUCAGGGUACAAACGUUCCUUUAUCUGUAUUCAGUAAUGGCCAAACUCUUAAUGCUCCUUCGGCGAGUAGCGCAACAUCUGUACCGGCAUUCCAACAAUCUAUCACCGUAUCGGGCACAUCAACAAAUCCACCAAGCCGAUCCUUCACACCCUCUAAUACGAUUAAUUUGAAUUUUGGUAAUACGGCUGCUGUUGAUCCCACCUCCAUUUUUGCAGAUGCGUCACAUCCAACAGGUUCCAUUGGUGGAGCAACCCCAGCGCCACAGCAAAUAUUUGGUGGUCCUUCUCUUCCUCCAUCUCAAAUAUUUGGUGGUGGCAGUUCGGUUCAACAACCAACUCAAUCGUUCAAUAACUCUCAGACGGGCUUCGGAAAUAAUAAUAUCAUGCAAUCACAACAAGGAAUGCAAGCCUCAGCAACGAGUUUCCAACUGCCUCCUGGUAGAAAGCUAGCUAGAAUGAGAAAUGCAAGAAGGGGAUAA